AUGGUUGAACAGUUUCUGAUCUCUCAUAACCUUUUUGGUUAUGUGGACGGGACGAUUCCAUGUCCGUCAUCCAAGGUUACUACAGGAACCACUACCACCGACAAUCCCAGCUCUGCUCCGUGGAUCUCCAACGAUGCUCAUGUGCGUAUGCUAAUCAUCUCUACUGUGUCUGAAGAAUCAUUUCAGCACGUUCAGGGACAGACCUCUCGUCAGGUAUGGCUGUCUCUCGAACGUGCCUAUGCACCAGUCUCCUCCUCACAUGAAUUCACACUUAAAAGCCAGGUUCUUCGAAUCACCAUGAAGGGUGAUGAGAAACUUGCAGAGUACCUAAGUCGUGAAUAUGCAACCGCUCUAGCGAACAUAGGUGAACCAAUGAAGGAUAAGGAUCUAGCCAUGCUUACUAUCAGUGGUCUUCGUGAAGAAUAUAACGGUCUCAAGGCGAAUCUUUUAGCCCGCUCUCCACCAAUUAACUUUGAUGAGCUUCAUGGCCUUCUUUGCGACCAUGAUUACAUGAUUACCAAGUUUUUACCAACCCAAGCAACCAGCCCGCAGGCCUUUGUGGCUACGGCCACACCACAACCGCCACAGCCGAACUUGCAGGCCAUUUAG